AUGGCCUCCAGCGGGCCGACCCUCUCUACUCACGCCGCUACCAAUAUCGCCGGCGACGACCAGGAUGCAUCAUGGGACCCUCCGCCGCCGCCGAACAGAUGGGACCGGCCACCAACCCCGCCGCCGCCCUCGCAGCCUGCGGCAAAGCUGCGCAAGAGGACCAAGACGGGAUGCUUGACCUGUCGCAAGCGGAGGAUCAAGUGUGGAGAAGAACGCCCUAUUUGCAACAACUGCAUCAAGUCCAAACGGCACUGCGAAGGCUACAACCAGCGCGUCAUUUUCAAGGCGCCCAUUGGAGAGUGGCCCAACCAUCAGUCAACUGUCAAUACCCUUCCGUACCACAGUUCACUGUUGCCCGGGACCCGGCCUGUCUUCCGCCAACACCAACCGCCUGUCCAACAACAGACCCAAGGGCCGCUCACUGCGACCCAGUUCGACUUUGCCAAUCCAGGCUCUGGGCCUAUCCCAGGACUUGAUCCGUUGAACACCAGGGCACUGGGGGGACCACCACCACAGUACCAACAGGACCCCAGCUAUCCCCAGCAGCCCCUUCCCUCCCCACACUCGCAUCUACCGACCCCAAUUAGUGCGGCGUCGUAUCUUCCCUCGCCUUCACACGCAAAUUUCCCCCCACAGUUCGCAGGUGACGGCGGUUCAGCCUACCAGGGACAACAGUACCCGCGACAGGGACACUUUCAGCCCGUUUCUUAUGAUACCCAGGCUCAAGACGCAAAGCCUGCUAUUUCCGAGGCUUCUUAUCCUCCUGUUGCGCAAGCAUAUCAAAUUGGUUCCGAUCAGUUCGGUUAUCAGCAGCAUCCACAAUCGCAUCAGCAUCAACAACACCAGCACCAAACACCACCCAACGUACACGAAGAACAUGAUCCAUAUUUGGCAUCUAAUAAUCCACCGCGAGCAGACGAAUACCAGCAACACCAGUUCAUUCAGCAUCGGCCGCCACUGGAACAGGUCGGCCCUCGUCGAGAUUCGCACGCUUUGCCUACUCCUAUAGAUAUGCCACGAGGACCUUAUGCACCUCCACCACCGCAACCAGAUCGACGUCAGUCUAUCGUACAUACCCAGAUCGCCCAGAUACCCCAGUCUGUACAGUUAUCGUAUUCAGAUGUAGCUCCUGAUGUAAAAUAUGUCCCACAGCAUACUGUACCUGAACAGUCAACUGCCGUGUCGCAUGUCCAGGAAGGCUUCGUGCCAGGCCUCUACACUUCCGGAUUCGCUGCUGAUCACAUCAGCCCGACAUACGCCCUCGAUGAGGCCGCUGUGGAAUAUGAAGACGACGACUACUACGAUGUCCAGUCUGACGAGGAGAUGGAAGACGCUCCAGAACAAGAGAUGAUAUCCAACAGGGACUUUGGAAUGAUACUACGUCUACAUGAAGAGAGCAUCAGUGACCUCAGCAUACGUCGAUACGAUACGUUCAUUUAUGAGGGCAUACUAGACUUCUACCGGGCGGAAUGGGUAGCCAACCCACUGAAGAACCCAGCCACAGCUCGUGUAUUUGCGCAUUUCGUUUACGCCACUGGUCCGAGCAUGUCGAUCUAUGAGAGAAACCCUAGGAAUUCUUCGGCAAUGUUCAGUGAAGGGCCAGUACCGUCCUCCCAACAGAGUCUAUGGACUUACCACCUGCCAAUGUUGGCGUUGAGCCAUCAAGGCUUGCUGCAUGCGAUGCUGGCGCUCUCUAGUCUGCAUAUUGCAAAGCUUCAAGGCGCCGCUGUGACGCCGUCAUAUAAGCACUAUGCGUAUUCACUAAAGCGGUUGCAUCAUUGCCUUGGACACCCUACUAAGCGACACCUCGUUACCACAUUAGCGACGUCUUUGCUGCUCGCCUUUUAUGAAGUUUUCGCAGCAGACCACGUCAAGUGGAGCAGUCAUCUCACGGGUGCGAAAUUGCUCGUUGUGGAAACUGACUUCCGUGGGAUGACCGCUGAGGCUCGUAGAAUCAAGGCAGAGCAGGCGGCAUAUGAGUCCAGUUUCGCAUAUCAAAAUCCUGAAAUGCUGAUGUCUCAGCGAAAGCUGAGCCAAGGCAUAAAGGAUUUGUCGUCCUCGCCAGAUGAGAACCUGGUCAGUACCAUCAUUGGUAGAAAGCUCACAUAUGACGAUUUUAGCCGCGUGACGGACUAUGACGAUCAGCCAAGGGGGCCCUCGACGGGCAUUCCGAAGCAGUUAGACUUGAGUAAAUAUGAGAUGUUUCAGGACUUGUAUUGGUGGUACUGUCGUAUGGAUGCUUUCCAGAGCAUUGUCAGCGGUAAUAAACUCAUCAUGGACUACAGCAGAUGGAGCGACUGCCCCCCACGCGCACCCUGUGGUCGUGCCGACCAAUGCUUCGGUACUCACGACCACGUUAUUCUUCUCCUAGGUCGAAUAGCCGACUUCGCGUCCAGGGAUCGCGAACGUAAAAUUAAACAGGUAGAGGCGAACGGCGGACAAUGGAGACCAAUGCCAGGCAUGCCUAUGGGACCACCAGCGUCAUCCAGCUCCUCAGGCGGACCAGGACCAAAAGGUCCCCCCAACAUCGCUCCCUCUCCCCAAGCACCUGGCCCACCCCGAGGACCCCCUCAACGUCAAGGUCCACCUGGAGGUCCACCUUCUGGACCUCCACAACUGCCCCCAUUCUACGGCAUGGCACCCACCCGUGGACCUUCUGCCAUGCCCUCCUCCUAUGCUCUCCCGACCUCCCAGGCCCCUCGAAUCCCUUCAUUCUCCGACCCACGCCCUUCCCCUCAAUCGCAAUCUCACGACCCCUCUGAACCCCUCGAUCUUCCAAGCGCUUACACUGCCGCCCUGACCCACUGGUCCUCCAUUCGCGCCGCCCUCUUCGCUCUCGAGCACUCUCUCGGUCCUUCUUUCGCCCCCCUGGGCCCUUCCCACGCUCCCCCUCUGAACACGCCUUUCGGCCCAGCGCUGCAGUACCGCUCGUACGACGUCGCCAUUAUCUGGGGCAUGCUGCACAUGUGUCACAUCAUUCUGCUCCGGGCGCACCCGGGUAUGCCGCCAGCUGCGAUGCAAGCAGCCGGCGUAGCAGGGAAAUUAACGGAGUGGUACGCGGAGCAAAUCGGCCGCCUGGCCGCCGGCAUCCUCAUGCCGGGCGCCGACAACACCUACGAGGAAGACAAUCUCGAUUACGGUCCCUACGGAGCAACCGGCGACGCGAAACCGACACCGCCCCUUAACCCCUCUCUCGGCGCCGCUCUAAUCGAAUCAACUAUGCCGCUUUUCUUUGCGGGGAUCCAAUACACGUCCACCGCCCACCGUGAGUGGGUCGUUUCCCGCCUCCUCGAUAUCGAACUCCGGUCUGGUUGGGCGACGGCCGGGCAGAUCGCGAGGGGGUGCGAGACAAGUUGGGUGCGAGCGUUUCAGGCAGGAAGAGGGCCGUUUUAUGAGAGGAAGCGGGAGCAGGAGGUACUGCAGGAGGAGCGGAGGGGGAAGGUCACGGAGGAGAGGUACGCGGAGAGGGGGUUUGUGGUGCACUAUGCUACGCGGUAUACUUGGGCGAGUGGGAUUUUGGACUAGGUUUCAGGAAAAGGAGGAGGAAGAGGAGCAUAGUGAGAGGGGGUUACGGCGUUUGGAUCUGCAAAAAGGGUACUGUGAUAUCUACGACUCUCGCUAUGAUUUUCUAAUGGGGAGGGUAAGAGAAGGAGGAGGAGGAGCGAGUGGGUGAUUAUGAUAUCCACGCUCGCUACGCUAUUCUAAAAGAAGGGAAAGAGGAGGCUUCAGGAGGGCCCCACCACUCACUACACUAUUCUUAAUGCCAUAAUGACCUGCACGCUACAAUCCUUUUCCCUCCUGUCCAUCUCCC